AUGGAGAUCACGCGAGCGGCUGCUGGCGUCGCCUGCUCCAAGGAGCACCAGAGGAUCUACGCCGAGUGGUUCGCCGUCACCGACCUAGAUGGCGACGACCGCGUCACGGGCGCCGACGCCACCAGCUUCUUCGGCAUGUCCGCGCUCUCACGCGCCGAUCUCAAGCAGGUAUGGGCGAUCGCGGAUUCCAAGCGGCAGGGGUACCUCGGAUUCGCGGAGUUCGUCACAGCAAUGCAGCUCGUGUCUCUGGCCCAAGCAGGGAACGAAAUCACACUGGACAGUCUGAAACGUGAAGACCUGAACACCUUGGAUCCGCCUGUGAUGGAAGGUGUCGAUGAGCCACUAGCUAGAUCCAAGGCUGUUGUGAAGAGAGUUCACCCAGAUGGCAAUGGAAACCAAUAUGUCCAAGCACCUUCCAUAUAUCACUGGUUUGGUUCAAAAGCAGCACAGAAGGUACAGAUGCCUCUGACUGCUGUUACCUCUGUAAUUGAUGGCUUGAAAAGACUAUAUGUCGAAAAACUGAAGCCAUUGGAAGUCGCCUACAGAUACAAUGAUUUUGCUUCCCCAUUAUUGACAAAAAGUGAUUUUGAUGCAAAGCCAAUGGUUAUGCUCUUGGGUCAGUAUUCAACAGGGAAAACAACAUUCAUUAAGCAUCUGCUGAAGACAAGCUACCCAGGAUCUCACGUCGGACCAGAGCUAACCACUGAUAGAUUCGUAGUUGUCAUGUCAGGAUUUGAUGGAAGGACCAUUCCUGGCAAUACUAUUGCUGUUCAAGCCGACAUGCCAUUCACUGGUCUUACAACAUUUGGGGGAGCAUUUCUGUCAAAGUUUGAGUGCUCUCAGAUGCCGCAUCCGUUGCUAGAGCAUAUCACCUUUGUGGACACUCCUGGUGUUCUCUCUGGGGAAAAGCAACGGACCCAACGUAGCUAUGAUUCCACUGGUGUAACCUCAUGGUUUGCUGCUAAGUGUGACCUUAUUCUUCUUCUGUUUGACCCUCACAAGCUUGAUAUAAGUGAUGAGUUCAAACGUGUCAUUUCAUCCUUACGUGGUCACGAUGACAAAAUACGCGUAGUGUUGAACAAGGCUGACCAAGUUGACACACAGCAGCUUAUGAGAGUGUACGGUGCAUUGAUGUGGUCUCUUGGGAAAGUGCUAAAUACUCCUGAGGUUGUGCGUGUGUAUAUCGGGUCAUUUAAUGAUAAGCCAGUGAAUGAUUCAGCUGUUGGACCAAUUGGAAAAGACUUGUUUGAGAGGGAGCAAGAUGACCUCCUCUGUGACCUGAAAGACAUUCCUAAGAAGGCUUGUGAUCGACGGGUCAAUGAGUUUGUUAAGCGUGCUCGAGCUGCCAAGAUCCAUGCUUACAUAAUUGUCCAUCUGAAGAAGGAGAUGCCUGCAAUGAUGGGAAAAGCUAAGGCCCAACAACGACUCAUAGACAACUUAGAGGAGGAGUUUGCAAAGGUCCAGAGGGAAUACCAUCUCCCCGCCGGAGACUUCCCCGACGUGGAGCACUUCAAACAGGUGCUGGGUGGGUACAGCAUCGACAAGUUCGAGAAGCUGAAGCCCAAGACGGUGACAUCCCGGAGCUCCUCAAGAACUUCAGGAACCCGUACGAGUGAACUGACCUGCCCUCUCGUCGAUGAAAUCCUACUAGAUGAGCUGGGUCUUCCCUAUGGAUUCCACGCAUUCCGAAACGGUCAAAGAGCAUGGAUGUUAGACAGCCUCCGCGGGGCCGUGCCGACCAAACAGGCGCAGGAGCAGCCGCGGGCGGGCGGGCGGGCGCGGGAGGAAAGGAAAGGCCACUCGGGGGCCGGGCCAAGCCAAACGCGGAGUCGCCGAGGAGGACAAGGCACAACAAGCCGCACGAGAAGGAAGGCAGGCAGGGCAGGGCAGAGAGGAAGGAAGAGGAAGAGGCGAGGAGGGAUGCGGCGGGCGAGGCCGCCGCCGGUCCCGGUCCCGGUCCCGACGGCGCCGGGGGACGCGGGGGGGCCGGAGGUGAAGUACCGCGGGGUGAGGCGGCGGCCGUCGGGGCGGUACGCGGCCGAGAUCCGGGACCCGGCCAGGAAGACCCCGAUCUGGCUCGGCACCUUCGACUCGGCCGAGGCCGCGGCCCGCGCCUACGACGACGCCGCCAGGACCAUCCGCGGCGCCGCCGCGCGGACCAACUUCCCCUCCGCCUCCGUCUCCGCCGCGGUGCCGCCGCCGCCGCUGCUCCCCGCAACCGUCACCGCCCCCGCCGCCGCGGCGGGGGCGGCGACGUCUAGCCACAGCAGCACCGUCGAGUCCUGGAGCGGCGGCGGCGCGCCCGCCGGGAUCCUCCGCGCCGCAGCCGCCCCGGCCGCCGAGGAGGACUGCCGCAGCUACUGCGGGUCCUCAUCGUCGGUUCUCUGCGAGGACGGCGCGUCGGGCCCGGGCUGCGGCGACGAGGCCGCCGCGCCGCCGCCGGCCCCGCUGCCGUUCGAUCUGAACGUGCCGGACCCGGCGGCCGACGAGAUGGACUGGCGCUGCGACACGCUACUGCACCUCUAG